AGCAAGUCACUUCAGGGCUACUGGUUCUUUACUGCUGUGUUGGAACAGAGAGAGAAAUAUGACUUGUGGAGUUCAUUUGGGGAUUUUCCUUAUUGUCUGGGUUCAAGCAGAGCAUGUGCGUUGUUUGUGGGCUUCACAAGCUCAGAGCCAGAACAACAACACGUAUGUUGGCUUCAGGCAAAAUAAUCGGGAAGCCGGUCCCAGCAACUAUCUCCAGAAUCGACUCAGACAAGCCCCUCCGAGCUCAGCGCAGAGCACAAACUUAAACAUACCUUCAGCUGUGGGCAGUAGUUUUAGCCGGGGGCCUUCUACUGGUAGCUACACACAAACUGUUUCACAGCCAGCUAAAAGUGGCUUUGCUAAAGUCAGGUUAGUGCAGGGCAGCUCAGUGUCAAAACCUAACUUGAAUCGUGUGCCUAAACAGCGUUUUCAUGGCCUUUCUAGUGCUAUUCUCGGUAGCGAUUCUCUGAGUAAGAGCAUGAACAAGGACACAGGGAAGUCUUCCAUCCUGUUUGGUGCCGGCGCUCCUGAGCCAAACCAAAUCCCUGCACGGACCAAAACUUCCUCCAGUGUUCGUGCUAAGCUAGUGUCUAAAACGGAUAAACCUUCCCGUCCCUCAGCUCCUAAAAACCCCAGCCAGACUGAGGUUGUGACCCCAUACAAGAGUAAAGUGUUUUCAGGGAAUGCCCGAGGAAGCUACAAGGCUACUUCCAUGGCCUCAAGUUAUGGCACUUCUCUUGAGUCCAAUGUAGGAAAUGGUCCCGUCUUCAAGCCUCGCAGUUACUCAACGAGCUACGACUCCAAAUCGUCCAGAGAGGGAACCUCUGGUAAGAAGUUUGCCCCGACCAAGACCCACAUCAUCCCUGAUCAAUUUGGUGGCUAUGAUAUCAGACGGCUGAAGGCUCCUGGGCAGGAGAAAGUGAGUGUGAGGAAGCCCCCGCAGGCCUACCAGACUCCCAUCAAGGCCUACGUGGCCCCUCGGCAGCAAGCAACGAACCAGGCCUACCAGACUCCCAUCAAGGCCUACGUGGCCCCUCAGCGGCAAGCAACGAACCAGGCCUACGUGGCCCCUCAGCGGCAAGCAACGAACCAGGCCUACCAGACUCCCAUCAAGGCCUACGUGGCCCCUCAGCGGCAAGCAACGAACCAGGCCUACGUGGCCCCUCAGCGGCAAGCAACGAACCAGGCCUACGUGGCUCCCAACAAGGCCUACAAUGCUCCCCAGCAGCAGACUCCCAACAGGGCCCACAAGACUCCCAACAAGGCCUACGUGGCUCCCAACAGGGCCUACGAGGCUCCCCAGCAGCAGACUCCCAACAAGGCAUACGUGGCUCCCAACAGGGCCUACGUGGCUCCCCAGCAGCAGACUCCCAACAGGGCCUACAAGACUCCCAACGUGGCUCCCAAUAGGGCCUACAAGACUCUCAACGUGGCUCCCAAUAGGGCCUACAAGACUCUCAACGUGGCUCCCAAUAGGGCCUACGAGACUCUCAACGUGGCUCCCAAUAGGGCCUACGAGACUCCCAACAGCGCUCCCAACAAGGCCUACAAUGCUCCCCAGCAGCAGACUCCCAACAGGGCCUACGUGGCUCCACAGCAGCAGACUCCCAACAGGGCCUACAAGACUCCCAACGUGGCUCCCAACAGGGCCUACGAGACUCCCAACGUGGCUCCCAACAGGGCCUACGAGACUCCCAACGUGGCUCCCAACAGGGCUCCCAGCAGGGCCUACGAGACUCCCAACAGGGCUCCCAACAGGGCUCCCAGCAGGGCCUACGAGACUCCCAACAGGGCUCCCAGCAGGGCCUACGAGACUCCCAACAGGGCUCCCAGCAGGGCCUACGAGGCUCCCUACAAUGCUCCCCAGCAGCAGACUCCCAACAGGGCCUACGUGGCUCCCCAGCAGCAGACUCUCAACAAGGCCUACGAGGCUCCCAACAGGGCCUACGUGGCUCUCCAGCAGCAGACUCUCAACAUGGCCUACAAGACUACCAACAGGGCCUACGUGGCUCCCCAGCAGCAGACUCUCAACAAGGCCUACGAGGCUCCCAACAGGGCCUACGUGGCUCUCCAGCAGCAGACUCUCAACAUGGCCUACAAGACUCCCAACAGGACCUACGUGGCUCCCAACAAGGCCUACAAUGCUCCCCAGCAGCAGACUCUCAUCAGGGCCUACAAGACUCCCAACAGGGCCUACGAGACUCCCAACAAGGCCCACAAGACUGCCUACGAGACUCCCAACAAGGCCCACAAGACUGCCUACGAGACUCCCAACAAGGCCCACAAGACUCCCAACAGGACCUACGUAGCCCCUCAGCGGCAAGCAACGAACCAGUCCUACGAGGCUCCCAACAGGACCUACGUAGCCCCUCAGCGGCAAGCAACGAACCAGUCCUACGAGGCUCCCAACAGGACCUACGUAGCCCCUCAGCGGCAAGCAACGAACCAGUCCUACGAGACUCCCAACAAGGCCUACGAGACUCCCAAGAAGGUCUACGUAGCCCCUCAGCGGCAAGCAACGAACCAGUCCUACGAGACUCCCAACAAGGCCCACGAGACUCCCAACAAGGCCCACAAGACUCCCAACAAGGCCCACAAGACUCCCAAGAAGGUCUACGUAGCCCCUCAGCGGCAAGCAACGAACCAGUCCUACGAGGCUCCCAACAGGACCUACGUGGCCCCUCAGAGGCAGGCUGAACCCCAGGCCUACAUCUCUCCUCAGGUCAAAUGGUUGCAGUUCAAGCCAAAGUGGGGACAAUAGCAGGUGCAGCUGGUGUCCUCGGAUGAAUAUUUUAUGAUAUUUAAAUGAAAUAAAUACAUUAAUUUAC